AUGACCCGCACAGAACGCGCCGUGUCGCCCCGCGCGCUCCUCAAGGACCGCUCCGAGGCCCGCAACGGCCUCGACACCGGCCUCCGCAAGGGCGGCGCGGGCGCGCACAACUGGGGCGCGCUCAACGACGAGGCGCGCUUCGAGCGCGAGGGCGCCGACGACGAGGAAUCGGAGCCCCGCGACGGGGAAGGUGCGUUCGCCCCCACCACGCACUCGACGUGCGCUCACCGCUCGUCCGUGCUCCUUCCCGUCACGGAGGAGGACCGCGAGAAUGCCCUCAAGGUCCGCAAGAAUGCCCUCAAGGACGGCGUUGUCGACCUUGCGGCCAUCGCCCGCUCGUCUGUCGCCGUCUCC